AUGGAGUUCAGAGAUCCGAAGCGAGAGCCGGAGAGGCUGCCCGUUCGACUGGCGGUGGGUCGAGCCGCCUGGUGGAUACCCAACCCCGGAAAAAUAGUCAUUCAACCUGCGACUGUGCCCACCGCCACUUCCGCGGAGGAUGCGCGAAAACUGUCAUUUGCCGCCGCUUUAAAGGAUUUGCUGGAGAACCUGUCGUUCCAUUGUUACGGAAAAUUGGUGGAGCAGGGUCGGCGAAUUCAGGAGCGCUUCUUCUGGUUCGUUUUCCAUCUAACCGCCCUCAGCGCCCUAAUUGCAUUCCUCUGGGGCACCUACACCAAUGAGCAGGACGCCCUGGUAACCACCAUGUACCACCCGAUGUAUCCCAUUUGGAAGGUGGAGUUUCCUGCGGUUUCCGUGUGCAGUUUAAACCGCAUCUCGCGGCGUGCGGCCUGGCGUUAUGCCCAUGAUUUAAGCAGCAAGGAUCCCAAGAUGCGCAAUUCCAGCUUCUUCUACGACCAACUGAAGACUUUUAUGUACAGGUACUACGAUUCGACGGACCUGCAGGACAUAGACAAUGCCCUUCGUUUUCAGAGCUUCCUGGAUAGGUUUGAUACGGAUGCCGAGGAUCUGUUUUUUAAUACUAGGAAAAGGAUGCAUGCUUUGACUCCGAACUGCAGCGAAAUGUUUGUGAGCUGCAGGAUAGCAGGAGGACUCUUCAACUGCAUGGAUCAGUUUGAGGAGACGUUGACGAGCCAUGGCUUCUGCUGCACGUUUAACUAUGAUGGCAGGUACAUCAAUAAAAGGGACUUUCGUCAGCGCUACUUUGGUCCUGACAUGGGCUUGGUUCUGACUUUAAGGACUCAGCCCAAGGACAGUUUCUACAAGAUCAGUGGGCACAAUGGAUUUCUGCCGCACAGUUAUCCGGAUCCCUUUUCUGGCGGAGUUGCUGAACGUAUCGCCGCGGCGGGCGUUAACACUCUUUUGCCAGUGCGGGCCAAAAUAUUCGAGACUUUGCCUGAGGCUCGUAGCAUGAGUACAUCUGUGCGCAAGUGCCUGUUCGAAAACGAGAUGCCUUGGAUCUUCGCCCGUCACUACACCUUCAGCAAGUGCAUCUCCGCCUGCCGAGCCCAGAGCGUGGUCAGCCUCUGCGAGUGCGUGCCCUUCAGUCUGCCGCACAGGUACAUCGAUGGGAACGAGAAGCGCAUCUACUGCACGCUGCAGCACCUGGCUUGUCUUCGGCGUUACCAGUUCAAGUGGUUGAAUGUCAUCACCAGUCGCGAAAAUGUGACGGGGCUGGAGCAUGAGCUGCAGGAUGCCCUCUACUGUCCGCUGUGCCUGGCCAGCUGCACGGAGACCCGUUACAGCGUGCGGGGUGCCAUGACCCUGGGCCUACCGCCCACCAUUCCGGCCAGGAGUGUGCCGCAAAGCCGUCCCGGACCGCGUGCCAAUAACAGUUACGGCCCCGGCUCCAGUUCCGGAUCCGGCUGGGACUCAUCCUCCUCCUCCUCUUCUGCCGAGCUGGCCGUGGUUCGUAUUUAUUUUGCCGAAACGCACAUUCAAUACUUUCGGCAGAUUAUUAAGAGCGCCUGGUACGAGACCUUCAGUACAAUUGGCAACAUCUGCGGCAUUAUAGCCGGUUUCUCGCUGAUUGGCAUCUGCGAGCUGUUGUUUUUCCUAGCCAAACAAUUAUGGCAGGCAUGCCGGGCGGAGCUAAGGGCCGAGCUCGCCCACAUUCAGGCGAGGCACCAGAAGAAGGACCACACCCAGGAACACAUCCGGAGGGAUACCAGGGACCGUGCAGAGCCAGCGGAACCGGAAAUGGAAGCGGGCCGGCCGAUGAGGUUGUUUAUACUGCCGUAA